AUGGCCUCGCUGACCCUGGGUGGUCGCCGAAGAGGGGUUCAGUCUGCAAUGCGGAGCUGUGCAGCACGGAGGUUUGGGGCCUCCACCCGUGGAGACUUUGCGACGACGUCGCUGACGGGGAGUAUGAGACUGCACCCGGGCCACAGGAAGCAAGCCUUCAAAGCAGAUUGCACACGGAUAUGGGGAAACCUCUUCGACUACACUUACUCGCAAUACAAGGACAACCACACACCGGUCGCCAUCAAGUGCCAGAAGCAUGGAACCUUCUGGAUGAAGCCCCGUGAUCACAUCCAGCGCCGGCUCGGGUGCCCCAAGUGCGGAAGUCUUUUCGUUCCAGGGUCUCUGCAGGAGAGGGCUGCCGUGAUGCUCACCACGGAAUCGAUGCCCAGUCUCGGCCAGCAUAUCCUCAGGUCCCGGCAGCUCGCCUCGCAGAUCGCUUCUGUGGCUCUGAAGGGAGAGGAGAGCUGGGUGGUGGAGGUGGGGGUCGGAGCCGGCGCACUGACGACUGCGUUGCUGCAAAGCCCGUCAUGCGAGGGUGUGGUGGGCUUCGAGCUGGAUGAGCGGAUCCUGUCCCAGGCCAUGGAGAAGGGCGGCGUGAUACGGCGAUACCAUCCAAUUUCCAGGGACGUCCCUGAGGUGGCCCGCACGCUGUCGAGGGAGGCAUGGGAAGAUCACCUGGUCGGCAGCAGCCGCUGCUUUGUCUUUAAGGGCGACUUCCUGUCCUGCCGCGCGGUGCCCAGCCGCUGCCAAGUUGCUGUCGGCAACAUUCCCUACAGAAUCUCGACUGCUGUGGUCAGCAAGCUGCUGUGCCAGGAGCCCCUCAUGCACAGGAUUGUCUUGACGUUGCAGGCUGAGUUCGUCCGAAAGCUUCUGGCGAAGCCCGGCUCCAUAAAGUUCGGACGCGUUUCGGCGCUGGUUCAGGCGCUUUGCUCCAACGCCCAGUUCGCGAUCCCCGGCAUUCUCCCGCCGGACGUCUUCUCGCCGCCUCCGCGCGUGGACUCCGCGGUGGUCCUCUUGGAGCUCCACGACGCGCUGCGCCACAAGGGUGUAGAGGUCUCCGCGGCGGCUCUAGACCAGCUGCUGCGGCUCUUGCUGGAUGUCCGGGGCCCAAGCCGGGGUUUGGGCUUGGAAGCCCGUCUGACGGAGGUGGAGGAGCAGGUGGCAUCUCGGAUCCUUCCAGAGACUUGGCGCUUGGCGAUGGCGCGGGCGGGCGUGGACCCAGCAAAGCCGGCCGUGGCCAUGGGCCCGGCGGAGUUCGUGGCGCUGACGGCCGAGCUCUGCAACCUGGGCUUUGCGUCUGGCACGCGGAGAGCUCUCGUCUCCUCCUACAUCACUCCACCACACCAGCUCCGUGUGCGACUGAAGCCCGGGAAGAGCCACGACGACCUCUUCGUUGAGGAGGGAUCCUCAAAAGUGAAGCGAAAGCAAGGCCAGCCAGUGGCUGGCCUUCUGGGUGCACUGCAGUCCAUCUGGGGCGGCUACGGAAAGGACAGCAAGGCAUCUGACGAGGUGAACGCGCCGGCAAAGAAGGAACUUGCAGAUGGUGAGGAGACGAUCCAUAUCUUCAGCGUGGCCAGCGGCCAUCUGUACGAGAAGCUCCUCAGCAUCAUGAUCCUCUCAGUGCGGAACAACACGAAGAACCCUCUGCACUUUUGGUUCAUCGACAACUUCCUGUCGCCAAAGUUCAAGGCCUUCAUUCCCCAACUGGCGGCGAGGUACGACUUCAAGUACGACUUCGUUACCUACAAGUGGCCCUCGUGGCUCAACCCGCAAAGUGAGAAGCAGCGGCUCAUCUGGGCGUACAAGAUCCUCUUCCUGGAUGUGCUCUUCCCACAGGACGUUCCAAAGAUCAUCUUCAUCGACGCCGACCAGGUGGUACGUGCAGACGUGAAGGAGCUUUGGGACUUGGACCUCAAGGGCAACGUCUACGGUUUCGUUCCCAUGGGCGACUCGAACCCUGAUACCGAGGGCUUCCGCUUCUGGAAGCAGGGCUACUGGAAGAGCCACCUCGGUAACAAGCCAUAUCAUAUCUCGGCUCUCUUUGUGGUCGACUUGAUCGAGUUCCGACGGACCUCCAUUGGGGAGUCGCUGCGGGGCGUCUACAACCAGUUGAGCCGGGAUCCCAACUCCCUGGCAAACUUGGAUCAGGACUUGCCCAACUUUGCGCAGCACCAGGUGCCAAUCUUCACACUGCCGAGUGAGUGGCUGUGGUGCGAGACGUGGUGCUCACAGGAGAGCAAGAAGACCGCCAAGACCAUCGACCUCUGCCAGAACCCGCUCACGAAGGAGCCGAAGAUUGUCAUGGCCAAGCGCAUCAUCGCGGAGUGGCAGACGUAUCACGACGAAGUGCAGCAUCUCCAGUCGGAGUUCGAAGCCGCGGCCGCGCCGCCUCCUGGGGGCAAGGUAGAGCUCUGA